UUAUACUUGAAGUGAGUUAGUUAUGUGCUGUGCGAAUGGAGCUAAACUCACGAGAAACCCUAGUCUCAGCACAAGGUACUUCAGGAGGCCGUAGGUUUAAGCUCCACCCGCACAGUACAUAACUCGUUCACUUUAUGUAUAGUUAAUUAUUAAUUAGACUUUGAACUUGACCUUGUACAAUUUAAUUAUAAUCGGCAUAAUGCCUUCGGGUCAGAAAGUGAUUGGUAUCUUGGGUGGUGGAAUUUCCGGCUUAUCGACAGCGUUCUAUCUCCGUAAAAAGUUUGGCGACGGGAUAAAGGCUGUAAUUUUCGAGAAAUCGUCAAGAUGUGGUGGGUGGAUCAAGACUAUUUCUCGUACAGAUGGGAGCGAUAGUUUUCAUUAUGAGAUGGGCCCGAGAACCAUGCGCCCUCACGCCGAGUCUGGCAUGAAUACAUUGGAUCUCGUCGAAGAGCUGGGAUUAUCCGAACAAGUCCAUUUUAUCACAAAAGAUCACCCCGUUUCGAAGACGAGAUUCAUUUUCCAUAAAGAAAAACUAGUCAAGUUACCUUCAGAUUUCUCCGUGCUGUUCCGAACUGUUCCCCCGUUUGAUAAGCCCCUCAUUUUUGCCGCAUUUAGAGAUGUAUUCAAGUGGAGAAGGAAAUUAGAAGAUGAUUCUAUUCACAACUUUGUACGGAGAAGAUUUGGAUUAGAUAUCGCUAAUUAUAUAAUUGAUCCUAUAAUUAGAGGAAUUUGUGGAGGGGACGCAAGACAAAUCUCUGUAAAAUUCCUCAUGAAAAACUUGUUCGAAUUCGAGCAGAAAUACGGUUCCGCCUUCCUUGGCCUCGCAUUUAGUCGAAUUAGCUCAAAACACGAUAACGACGUCGUUAAUGUCGGAUAUUCGAAUAUUGCUUUAGCGUCUCUGCGACAAAACUGGUCGGUGUGGACGCUUGAGAAUGGACUCCAACUACUCCCCUGGGCUAUCGAAGACGAGUUAAAACGCUACCCCAACAUUAAUAUUAUGAAAAACUGUCAAGUCAAAAGCGUUCGGCUGGGGGAUCGAUCUAAGCCUGGAGUCAUCGAAGUAGAAUAUUUCCCCGAUUGUGAACAGAAAGCGACGGAAAUGAUACUGUGCGAUCAUUUGAUCAGCACAGUGCCAAGUAUUGAGUUGGGGAGGAUAAUUAGGAGGUCAAAACCAUCCCAUCCCUCGCUAUGGAAAGUGUUCGACACGAUGGAAUCCACAGAUAUUCAAGUUACCAAUUUGAUGUAUAAGGGCCAAGAUGUUUUGAAUUAUGAAGCGUUUGGAUUCCUUGUCUCGUCAGUGGAGAAAUCAACCCAGGGGCUUCUAGGCGUUGUUUUCGAUACCUGUACAUUCCCUCAAGGGGACAGACAGAUUUUGACCGUUAUGAGUAAACCUAGUCCGGAUGAAGAACAUGAUAUCGAGACGAUAAUGGGAUUUUUGAAAACCACGUUGAAAAUUGAGAGACCUCCAGAUGAUCAUUAUAUGGAAGUGUUGAGGAAUUGCAUUCCACAAUAUACGGUCGGUCAUUAUGAAAAGGUGGACGCAGUGAGAAGAUAUAUUAAAGCAGCGAAUCUACCAUUGACACUUGCAGGUGCUUCUUAUGACGGAGUUAGUGUAAAUGACGCGAUUUAUAGUGGCAAGAAUGCUGCCGAGUCAUACGAUAUAACUGAUAUAACGUAACGACUGACUGACCAUAUUUACAUCAAAUAAAUGACUGAAGUAUACAUAUUAUUACCCCA